AUCUAGGAAUAAAAGAAACACUUACGUAUAAUACAAAAGACAUGAAACAAAACAUAGAAAAUAAAUAUAAGGACCGACUAACAAAGAUCAUGCGCACACAACUAAAUGCAAAAAAUAAAAUCAAAGCCAUUAAUACAUGGGCAAUACCUACAUUAACCUAUUCUUUUGGCGUAAUACAAUGGACAAAAACAGACAUACAAGCCAUAGACAGACUGACAAGGCGAACACUAACAAGCAAUAGAGCUCUACACCCAAACUCAGCUAUCGAGAGGUUAUACCUACCCAGAAAACAAGGUGGACGAGGUCUAAUUAACAUAGAAGCAGCACACAAUAUACAAAUACACAAGUUACAAACAUACUUCAACACAAAAGCGAUACAUUCAAAACUACAUGCAUCUAUUAAUCAAGCAGACAAUAAAUACACACCCCUCAGCGCACACACCCAAGUACAACACACAGACAAGAAAACGUUCAUAACAAACCUUGCACAGGAAUGGAGCAGUAAAAAAUUACACAGUCAAUUUAAAACUAACCUCAACAAACAACAUCCGCUGUCAACGAAAUGGAUGGAAAUAGGACAGUUAUACAUAGAAACAGAAGGGUUUAUGUAUGCAAUACAAGACCAAGUCAUACCAACUAAAAAUUACCAAAAAUAUAUAUCAAAAAUCAAUACAGGAAGUGACAGCUGCAGAAUGUGUAAAAGCACCUCAGAAACAAUACAACAUAUAACAUCUGGAUGUCCCAGCCUAGCUCAAACCGAAUAUCUAAAUAGACACAAUCUCACUGCUAAAAUUCUCCACAAAUACUUACUUCAGAAAUAUAACAUCAAAUCAACACAAGAGCCGUAUUACAAACAUAUACCCGAACCAGUUCACGAAAAUAAAAACUACAAAAUUUACUGGGACCGAAGUAUUAUCACGGACAAAAUCAUAACAAACAAUAGACCAGACAUAGUAACAAUAGACAAAAUACACAGAAUAACAACAUUAAUAGACAUCGCACACCCAUUAGACCACAACAUACAGAAAACUAUCGCAGAAAAAAUCAGGAAAUACACCGACCUAUCAGAAGAAAUUAAAAUGAUGUGGAAAAUGGAAAAAGUUCUCAUCCUACCAAUAAUCAUAUCAGUCACAGGCCUAAUACCAUCAGAACUAUACACGGAAUUCAAGAAACAUAAUUUACCUAUCCAAGUUAUAAUAGAUAUGCAAAAAUCAACAGUAUUGGAAACAUGCCGGAUAGUAAGGAAAGUAAUGCAUUGAACAAGUCCACAAGUAAUAAGUUUU